UUCCUCUCUCUCGUCAUCCUGCCUCUCUCUCAUCUCUCCCUCCCCCCACCAUGGGCAACUGUUGCUCUCAGAGCAACGACACCGAUGCCCCGGCCGAAGCCACCGGCUCAGCGGCCGAUGUUGCCAAGGGAGGAUCCUUGAACAAUUCCCAAGGAGGCAGCAACAAUAACAACAGCGGGGGAGGAGAAGGAGGAGGAGGUGGUGGCAGUAACUCGGUGAAAUCAUCCCCGGCACCGAAUCCUCCUCCGUCCAAGGCCGGUAAGCCUGGGCCGAUGGGACCAGUCCUCCAGCGUCCGAUGGAGGACGUGAAGGCCACGUACACGAUCGGAAAAGAGCUAGGAAGAGGACAAUUCGGAGUGACGCAUCUUUGCACGCACAAGGCCACCGGACAACAGUACGCGUGCAAGACGAUCGCGAAGAGGAAGCUCGCGAACAAAGAAGAUAUCGAGGACGUGAGGAGGGAGGUUCAGAUAAUGCAUCAUUUGGCGGGACAGCCGAACGUGGUGGAGCUUAAAGGAGCGUUUGAGGAUAAGCAUUCGGUGCAUCUGGUGAUGGAGUUGUGCGCCGGCGGUGAACUGUUCGAUCGGAUAAUCGAGAAAGGUCAUUAUACGGAGCGAGCGGCAGCGUCGUUGAUGAGGACGAUAGUGCAGAUCGUUCAUACUUGUCAUUCUAUGGGAGUGAUUCAUAGAGAUCUGAAGCCCGAGAAUUUCUUGCUCUUGAACAAGAACGAAGAUUCCCCUCUCAAGGCCACCGAUUUCGGUUUAUCCGUUUUCUUCAAAGAAGGGGAGACAUUUAAAGAUAUUGUUGGGAGUGCAUAUUAUAUAGCUCCUGAAGUAUUGAAGAGGAAAUAUGGGCCAGAAGUUGAUAUAUGGAGUAUUGGUGUCAUGCUCUACAUUCUUCUUUGUGGUGUUCCUCCAUUUUGGGCAGAAUCUGAGCAUGGCAUCUUCAAUGCAAUCUUAAGAGGACAUGUAGAUUUCUCAGCCGAUCCAUGGCCGUCCAUCUCACCAUCAGCAAAAGAUCUUGUCAAGAAAAUGUUGAAUUCUGAUCCCAAGGCCAGGCUCACAGCCUACCAAGUUCUAAAUCAUCCAUGGAUUAAGGAGGAUGGAGAAGCACCUGAUACUCCUCUUGACAAUGCUGUGCUCAACAGACUCAAACAGUUCAGAGCAAUGAACCAAUUCAAAAAAGCUGCUUUGAGGGUGAUUGCUGGGUGCCUAUCAGAGGAAGAAAUAAUGGGAUUGAAGGAAAUGUUCAAGAACAUGGACACAGAUGGAAGUGGAACCAUUACAGUAGAAGAGCUCAAGCAAGGCCUUGCUAAACAAGGAACCAAGCUCUCUGAACAAGAAGUUAAACAACUGAUGGAAGCUGCUGAUGCAGAUGGCAAUGGAACCAUAGAUUAUGACGAGUUCAUCACAGCAACAAUGCAGAUGAACCGAAUGAACAAAGAAGAACAUCUCUACACUGCCUUCCAAUACUUUGAUAAAGAUAACAGCGGGUACAUUACCAUUGAAGAAUUAGAACAAGCUCUCAAGGAAUUUAACAUGCAUGACGGCAGGGAUAUCAAAGAAAUCAUCUCAGAAAUUGACUCAGAUCAUGACGGAAGGAUAAACUAUGAAGAGUUUGUAGCAAUGAUGAGAAAAGGAAACCCAGAAGCCAUAACCAAGAAAAGGCGUGAUUCAUAUGUUUGAUCUCUAUCAUCAUCACUACAUAUACUUUUCUUAUAUAUAAGGUUUUAGUUGGGGAGAGACUUCCAUUGUUGAGGGAAAGCAAUAUAAAUGGCAAGAAAGGGUAAUCUUCAAUUCACCACCAUCAUCUGGCAAGUGUUUCAUCAUCGAAACAAUUCUCUUAAAGGAUUCUGAUUGAAACUGGCACUCGUGAAAGAAGGAUCUUUGAUAAUCAUUCAUAUAUUAUGUAUCUCUCUUGGUGUUUAGAGUAAGAGAGAUGUGGGAAGGAGCUUGUGAAGAUGAUGAGAAGAAAAAGCAAGUAUCUCUUUCUACAUGCAUGGCUCGAAGGAUUGAGAAAUUUUUCUACAUUGAUGUUUGUUUGUUUGUUUGCAUUUUUCUUUUCUGUGAAUUAUUGUAACAAGUCCCAUGUUGUUAUUUGUUGUUUCUCCCAUAGGAAUGAAAGUGUUAGCGAAAUUCUUGAGCAAAUCCGAUCUAUAGUUGAAAUAAGGUAAAUCAAUUCCAUUGUUGUAAAUGAGUAUUAAAAAUGUCAGAAAAAUGAGUCAA